AUGUCUGACUUACAACUAAACAUCUUGAAGGUCUUGGGCGCCAAGGGCAGCAUUCCCGACUCCACUGUGGAAUUUCCAAAUGAAGAUUCCCAGCAAAUCCAGGCUGCGUUGAACUCCCUGCUUGCCAGAGCAAUGGUCUCCUACAAGACCACGGAACACGAAGUGUACAAGCUAACCGAAGAAGCCGAGGACAUUGUCCAGCACGGCUCCCAUGAAUACAGACUUUUGAACAAGGUCAUUGAAAGUCUCGAGGGUUUGAAAGUCUCUGACGUUGAUUCCGUGAUGGGCAAAAACGGUAAGGUUGCGCAAGGUCGUGCGUUCAAAAAUUGCUGGAUCGGUAAGGAAGGUGACAAGAUUAUUGCCAAGGUCGGCAGUCCGGCUGAAGUCGACGAUUCCACAGCUUUACAGUUGAAGGAAAUUGUAAAGACCGGAACCUUAUCUAACAAGAAAGAUUUGGCAGACUUGAAAAAGAGAAAGUUGGUUGUUCCUACAAAGUUCUUCUCAUUUGCCAUCGAAAAGGGACCUGAGUUUGCGCUAGAAAUCAAGCAGUUUGAAACGGAUAUCACAGCAGACAUGAUUUUAUCUGGUUCUUGGAAGUCUGCCAGUUUCAAACCAUACAACUUCAACUCUGAAGGUGAUUUGCCACAUUCAGGUGCAUUACAUCCUUUGAACAAAGUCAGAGAAGAGUUCAGACAAAUCUUCUUCUCCUUGGGUUUCUCAGAAAUGCCAUCAAACCAGUACGUGGAAUCCGGUUUCUGGAACUUCGAUACCUUAUUUGUCCCACAACAACAUCCGGCUAGAGAUCUACAAGAUACUUUCUACUUGAAAGACCCAGCUACUGCUCUUCCUCCAAGCGAUAAGGAAUACUUAGAAAACAUCAAGGCCGUCCACCAAGAUGGUGCUUUUGGUUCUAUUGGUUAUAGAUAUCCAUGGCACCUUGAAGAAUCGCUUCGUACGGUUCUUAGAACACAUACAACUGCAAUUUCCUCUAGAAUGUUGAAGGAGUUGGCAAAGGAUCCUAAACCGACAAGAUUAUUCUCCAUCGACAGAGUUUUCAGAAACGAAGCUGUCGACGCAACACAUUUGGCUGAAUUUCACCAAGUUGAAGGUGUCUUUGCGGACUAUAACCUCACGUUGGGUGACUUAAUUGGUUUCAUGCAACAGUUCUUUGAAAAGAUGGGAGUGACAAACUUAAGAUUCAAACCAACCUACAAUCCAUAUACCGAGCCUUCCAUGGAGAUUUUCUCAUGGCACGAAGGUCUAGGGAAAUGGGUCGAAAUCGGUAACUCUGGUUUGUUCAGACCAGAAAUGUUGGAACCAAUGGGAUUGCCAAAGGAUAUGAGAGUCCUAGGAUGGGGUCUAUCCUUAGAAAGACCAACAAUGAUUAAGUAUGGAGUUAGUAAUAUUAGAGAGUUGUUGGGUCACAAAGUCAAUCUAGAUUUCAUCGAAAACAAUCCAGCCGCAAGACUUGAUGAUGAUAUUUUAUAA